CUGGCAUGCUUGUUGGCAACUAGAACUAGCCUAAAACUUAGUUUUUCUUUGGUUAAUGCACUAAAUUUGUGCACGUCUAUAAGUCGCUAAUGGUGGUGAGAGACGGAUCUACUUAGCUUGUAACAAAAAUAGGUGGGACCAAAAUGUGGGAGGAAUAGGUCCGUUAAAUAAUAAUGUGCAGAGAUUCAAGGUUGAGAACAAAGAGAUUGGCAGCCAAUCAGGAGGGCUGUGGAUGAGAUGUAGUUUGUUUGAGAAAAGCUUCGCCUUAAAGGCAUGGGGAGAUGUGAUCAGGGCAGCGAACAGAGCAUCAUUCAGAUACGAGAACAGAGGCACUAUUACUGACACACAGCAGUGAGCCAGCUCACCUCCUACCACCAAGACUCACUAGUUCUAGAUUCUUCAAACAUGAGUGACGAUCAGAGCCUGUCUGAAGUGGAAAUGAGCCCUGUUGGGUCAGAGGACCCCUCCCUUACUCCUGAUCCCAUGCCACCCCAUGCCCACUCCAGUCCAGAUGAUGAUGAUGAAGAUGGAAAAGUGAAAAAGGAGCAAGAUUCUGAAGAUGAGAGGUUCCCUGUUUGCAUCAGAGAGGCAGUUUCUCAGGUCCUCAGUGGCUACGACUGGACAUUAGUGCCUAUGCCCGUGAGGGUCAAUGGUGGCAAUAAGUCCAAACCACAUGUAAAACGGCCUAUGAAUGCAUUUAUGGUAUGGGCACAAGCUGCUCGAAGGAAACUUGCGGAUCAGUAUCCACAUUUACAUAAUGCAGAACUCAGCAAGACUCUGGGCAAGUUAUGGAGAUUGCUGAAUGAGAAUGACAAGAGACCCUUUAUAGAGGAGGCUGAAAGGCUACGAAUGCAGCACAAGAAGGACCAUCCAGAUUAUAAGUAUCAGCCUCGUAGAAGAAAGAAUGGGAAGCCUACACCUGGAGAGGGAGAUGGGUCCUCCGAGACAGAGGGAGGUGCUGCUUCCAUUCAGGCACACUACAAGAACUCUCACCUUGAUCAUAGACAUGGUUCUCCUAUGUCUGAUGGAAACUCUGAACAUUCCACAGGCCAAAGUCAUGGUCCACCUACUCCACCAACUACACCUAAGACAGAGCUACAGGCAGGAAAAUCUGAUAGCAAGAGAGAUGGUUCUCGUUCCCUGGGAGAAGGAGGCAAACCUCAUAUUGAUUUUGGCAAUGUGGAUAUAGGAGAAAUCAGUCAUGAUGUCAUGUCCAACAUGGAAACCUUUGACGUCAAUGAGUUUGACCAGUAUCUCCCACCAAAUGGCCAUGCUGGUCACCCAAGUCAUAUUGGGGGGUACACCUCCAGUUACAGUCUCACCGGAGCUCUGGCUGCUGGUCCCUCUGCCUGGGCUCUAGCAAAGCAACACCCUCCAUCUGUGGCAGACUCCAAAGCUCAAGUGAAGACAGAAAGCUCAAGUACAAACCACUAUACAGAGCAGCCAUCGACAUCUCAGCUGACCUACACUUCACUGGGGUUGCCACACUAUGGUUCCUCCUUCCCUUCAAUCUCAAGGCCUCAAUUUGACUACUCAGAUCACCAACCUACAAGUUCUUAUUACAGCCAUUCAAGCCAAGCCUCCAGUCUAUAUUCAGCCUUCUCCUACAUGGGUCCUCCACAGCGUCCUCUUUAUACAGCCAUCUCUGAGCCUCCUAGCGUGGCUCAGUCACAUAGUCCCACGCAUUGGGAACAGCCUGUCUACACUACUUUAUCAAGACCAUGAAGAAUACAGAGGAAGAGGCAAAGGAGGGGCAUCUCUCGGAGAACAACGUGCUCCGACGGGGUCCUCCCACAGCUCAAAUCCCAGGAAGAAUCCGGAUUUCAGGAGCACCAGGAAACUGUAGUCAGUUUCUACGGGCCCCUAGGAAAGAUGGUGACCGGGAUACAUGGGCCAUUUUCUCUGAAAAGAACUCCAGUGUAAAAAUGGUGGGGGUAGGAUAGCUGGGCAAUGCAGGGAUGGGGGAAGGGAAUUCAUGUUAUACACAGAUAAUGGACUAGUGUCUUCCAUAUUAGAGAGUAGCUGCAACAUCUGUUCUGGUAGUGGCUUUGACCAUAGGUGCCAUGAAGACAGUGGAGGUUUUAAGACUUACAGUCAUGGACUGCUGAAGGCAUGGGCACUUCAGUCACUCACAGCAGCUUGACAUUCUUAUCCAGUUCAAAUGAACUGCUAACCUUUUUGAUAUAAGGGAUAGUCCAAACAUCACUAAUCAACUUAACAUCUUUUGGAAUUCACAGAAAAUUAAUUCCUCCUGCUCACUUGUCCACAACGUAGUAAAGUGCAUUAUAGCUAAUGAAGGAAAGUAUGAUGCAGUUCAUGGUUUUCAAUUGCAUUCGUUCACCUUAGAAGCUGAUUAAACAGCUCUGCAUCUAAAUAAUCCUAAGCAACCAGAACAAGUGGAGGGAGGAGAUCAAAUGGUUAUUCCAGUAGUAGCAACAUCAACAUGUACUCCAUCUGUUAUGCUGAUGAGAGCAAUAUGGCAUCAAUGUCUAAAGAAUGACUGUUGGGUGCACUAAGGUAGCCAACAAUUGGCCUGCAUAUUCAUCCACAGUACUGUGUGAUGUGCAUGUACGUCUCUUGAAAAGAGCAAACUGGCGAUUUUUUUUACGUCGACAUCGUGGUAAUGUGUUGUCCUUUAUUCUGAAGUGACAACCACAUGUUUUUUAUAAAUAUUCUGCUAUGAAAACACACAUGGUCAGGUUUAACAAACAAUAAGUAGGCAGUCCACUUCUUGUGUAUUCAUUUACAUAUUGUGACGCCCUUAUGAAUUAUAGAAGAUAUGUCCUAAGGGAGACAGAAAAAUCAGGAGGAUUGUGCUAACAAAGGUUCUUUAAUCUUUGCACCAACUAAACAGGAUCUAUGGUGAUCAGAUAUAGAAUAACUAGAAGCUUAGAGAACCUUGGCUCUAUCAAGACAACUUCAUUGGUAGUUAUUUAUGAAGUGCUGAUGUAGGGCACAGUUUAAAAAGUGAACCAGUCACUAUAGAAACCAAGAUAAUGUUACUAAUGGCUGUUCCACAGUUGCUCUUUAUACGCAUAUAUGGCUAGAAAAUCCCCAAAUUGACUCUUAAUGGUUAACCAUCUACACAGACUUAAACUUCUGCCUAAUGUGAAACUGAUAUGGACACUAGGGUUUUCUAAGGUUUCUGACAUAUCGCCACAUGGAUGUGACAAGCAAGAUUGUGUUUUCACUAGUAAAAAAAAAGUUAAAAAAAAAAAACAGUCAUCAUUGACGACCAAGGGAGUUUAUUCAGAAAGCACACAGAGUAGUCAUACCUGAUUUGCAGAUAGUAUCAUUAAUAUUUGAAGGCAUCCUGCAGAAUAUAGAUACGUUCACAUAUAUUUUAGUUCCAUUCAAUUUUCUGAAUGCAAUAGCAUACAAACACACGCACACGCACACAUAUACACUAACAUGUUCAAUACAGGCAAAUUUAUGCUGCCAAUGAACUGUUUAAAGCCUAUUUUUUUGCCAUAAAAAUAUUGGUCACGGAAGCUCUGAGAAAUUAAAAAAAAUGAUCCAGAAAAACAAAACGACUGACAAUUGGAAAGAAUCUGAUUAAAUGGAAAUAUACUUAGAUUUUGACUAGAUGUAAGUAAAGCAUAUUUACACAUCCUGCUUGUGUAGAGCAUAAUGGAUGUAUAAUAAAUGCAGACAUUGUACAUCUGUGACACUGGCAGAGCCAAUUCAUUUUUCCCCAUUGGCUUAUAUAUUUACUUAUAAUUCUGAUAUACCAGUCACCUGCAUUGUCUUCAUUGUCAAUUGUCCAUUCUUCAAACUUGUCCUUAGGAUUCACCAACUGGUCAGAAUUUUGGGAUAUAUCUACUUCAGCACAGGCAAGGUCAUCAACAACUCAUUCUAAUUGAGACACCUGCUCUCGAUUCGUGGCCUGUAGGUCUUGUAGAGAAGUUUGAAGACCAUGGGUCAAAACAUCUGCUUCAAAUAUUGUUUGCAGAUCUCCUUUAAGAAGAUUAAUGCAGUCAGAUACUCCAAGUCCCAAAUUAUUGCAUUAUCAGGAAUGCAUCUGGCUGUAUGGGUGGCAUUGACAGCUUGACAAAGUGCACAUUUGUAAAUUCUCAAGGGUGGCCACUUUAAGCGACUUAAAAUAAUGUGCACACCAAUAUUUCUAGAAAUAGGAAUUAUGGCUACUCUGAAGUAUGGCUAUCAGGAUGAAAAAAUGGAAACAGUUAAGACAAUAUGUAAAUAUAAAAAUAUAUAUAUAUAUAUAUUUUUGUUUCAGACAGACGUGGUGAGACAGGUGUAUUUAAAACCAAACAAUGUCUCUGUAGAAUUUGGUUUUAACCAUUUUUUUUAAUUUCAGGUUUUGAUAUGAAGAGGGACAGAAAUUACUUAACCCAUUUGGGGUAAACUCUUAUAUACUUUUGUCCUAUCCCCGGAUUAACCCCAGUGUAUAAUAAAAAUUGUCCCUUCCUCCAUCAGUCUUCAUUCAGUUACAAUACAAUACUUUUUGUUUGUCUUUUCUUUCUUAUUAUAUGUAACUGCAUCUUUGUUAUUUAUGUAUAUAUCAUGUUAUCUUACUUAGUUUCUUUUGAUUUGUAAUUCCUUUACUUGUG